AUGGACUCGACGUUACGAUCAACCCAUGCUCCUCAAGACCCCGCUCGGCCCUUCUCCACCACCUCGACCCUCGCGUCCUCCAACCUCACCAACAACCUAGUGCAGUCGUCGAGCCCUUUUAAUCUCACCUCCAAAUCGUCUACUCAGGGCUUCGCUGCCCCCCUUCAACCUGCCUCGGCCGGUAUUUCACAAGCCGCCAUGUCCCAGACGCAGCCUCUGUCCCAGGCUCUGAAUGACUCGUCUCGUUGUGCCGGCCUACCAGUCGCUACCCAGAGCGACCUUGCCGGGGCGAUUCCUUUAUCGGAGACAGUGCCCGCAAAUCACGCCACUACCGGAUGCUAUCCACACCAAGUCGAGGGCCUGGGGGGUCCAACAGCCACUGCGCCAUUUCUGCAAGACUUUAGUCUUGUGGCCGAAGCUGCCAAGCGAGCGCAGAUGGGUAUCGUCAUGCGUGAUCUCGAAAGCGUUACCUUGUAG